GUCGUGAAAUGAAGUUCUUUUGGGUGGUCCUAUUGGUCACUUCAGUGCUGGGUCAAUUCACCAAGAACCUAUACCAAUUUUUGAUCCUCAAUCAUGACAAUACAAAUGUUAUUGCUUCGCCUCUCUGCGUUGAGAUCGGCUUGAGUAUGAUCCUAAUGGGAGCUGAAGGAAAAACAGCAAGAGAACUAAGGAGAGCGCUGGUUCUGCCACAGGAUAAAAAGGAAGUGGCCAGCAUAUACGAUGAGCUUCUGACUUAUCUCGAAAAACGUAAAAAUGUUGCCAUGCUGCUAAUGGCAAAUCGAUUAUUCGUCAACGAAUCAUUCCGAAUUAAUAAGGAGUACAAUGAGCAAGUGAAGAAAUCCUUCAGAGCCGAGGCAGAGGCUAUUAACCUAGCCGAUCAAACGAAAGCAGCCUAUGCCAUCAGCGAUUGGGUCCUUGAUCAGACACUCGAUAAUAUAAAAGGUGUAGUUUUGCCACGUAACUUGGCACCCAAUGAAAGUGUGGUUCUUGUGAACGUCGCUUUUCUUAAAGGAUACUGGAAAACCAGGUUUGAAAGAAAAAAUACCGAGCUGGUAAGAUUCGGUAUAUCCGAACACAAAAGAGUUUUAGUCAAAAUGAUGUCUCAAGUGGGUAGAUUCAGAAUGAAUAAUUUGACUUAUGGCCAAAUCAUUGAGCUGCCAUUUGCCUACUCAAACCUCUCUAUGAUAAUCGGCCUACCCCGGCAUAUCAAAUGGCUGAGAUGGGUGGAGAAGAAACUUGAAGUGUACUCCGAGUCCAUGGAAGAAGUGCUAGUACAUGUGCAAUUGCCAAAGUUUAGGAUCGAAUUUCGCACAGAACUUGUUGGCAUUCUCAAAAGGAUGGGCAUAAGGGAUCUGUUCACCGAUUCCUCGAACCUUGGCGCUCUACUGGAGGAACCUGUUGCCAGAAUUAGUCAGAUAAUUCACAAAGCAUUCAUAGAGAUAAACGAAGAAGGAGCCUCGGCAGGAGGCGCCUCUGGAGGAUCUGACCCACCUGAUUCGUUUUUUUUAAGAUCCACCAAGCUUGUCUCUAAUAAUCCGGAUGAUUGGCAAUCCUUUAAAGCCAGUCAUCCAUUUGCCUUCGUAAUUCGCGAUAAGAAAACCAUAUACUUCCGGGGACGUGUCUUUGAUCCUGAGAUGAACAGCGCAAUAAAAAUAUAAAAUUAAUUAUUAUGUAUAAUUUGUUGGUUUCAAUAAAAAAGGAUAAUCGAGCUUUUAGUUAUCG